AUGAAGCUUCUAGGGCUCACCUUGGUUUUUCUAUUAGCUGUGGCGAACUGCAAAGGUGAGAUUAUCUGCGAAGAGACUAAUCCGCCAUUCAAGUGUAACCAAACUGCUCGUUUGAACAGUGGAAAUUUCGCUGAUGACUUCAUCUUCGGUGUUGCAUCUUCUGCUUAUCAGAUCGAAGGAGGUAGAGGUCGCGGUCUUAACGUUUGGGAUGGCUUCACUCACCGAUUCCCAGAGAAAGGAGGAGCCGAUUUGGGGAAUGGAGACACUACCUGUGACGCGUAUCGGACUUGGCAGAAAGAUGUAGAUGUGAUGGCCGAACUCGGAGUUAAAGGCUACAGAUUCUCAUUUGCGUGGUCAAGAAUCCUUCCAAGAGGAAAGAGGAGUAGGGGAGUGAACGAAGAUGGUAUUAAAUACUACAGCGAUCUCAUAGAUGCACUCCUCGAGAAGGGCAUAACGCCUUUCGUUACCAUCUACCACUGGGACCUUCCUCAGUGUCUGCAAGAUGAGUAUGAAGGGUUCUUAAGCCGACAGAUCAUAGAGGAUUUCAAGGAGUACGCGGAUCUAUGUUUCGAGAGAUUUGGUGAUAGGGUAAAGAACUGGAUCACGAUCAACCAGCUCUUCACGGUGCCUACGAGAGGGUAUGCAUUGGGAACAGAUGCACCAGGUCGAUGUUCUAAAUGGGUUAGUGAAACAUGUCCCGGCGGAGAUUCCGCAACAGAGCCCUACCUCGUUGCACAUCACCAGCUUCUUGCUCAUGCCGCCGCCGUCGAUGUGUACAGGAGAAACUACAAGUACCAAGGAGGGAAGAUUGGACCAGUGAUGAUAACUAGAUGGUUUCUACCAUAUGAUGACACUCAAGCGAGCAAAGAUGCAGUUUGGAGAAGCAAAGAAUUCUUCUUCGGAUGGUACAUGGAGCCACUAACAAAAGGUAGAUACCCAGACAUCAUGAGGCAAUAUGUGGGUAGUCGACUUCCCAACUUCACGGAAGCAGAAGCCAGACUCGUAAAGGGUUCAUAUGAUUUUCUUGGUCUCAACUAUUACGUCACUCAAUACGCCCAAAAAGCUGACCAAGCUCCUCCGGAAAGACUUACUGCCAUGACGGACUCACGUGCAAAGCUCACAAGUACUAAUAUAAGUAAAAUUCCCCCUGGUCCACCGUUCGGUGCAGGAGGAGGCUAUUACUAUCCAAGAGGCAUGUUAGAAGUAAUGAAGUACUUCAAAGAAAGAUACGGUGACCCUUUAAUCUAUGUCACCGAGAACGGAGUUAGUUCCACCGGAGGUGACACACCCUUUAACGAGAGUAUGGCCGAUUACCCCAGGAUUGAUUAUCUUUGCAGUCAUCUAUGUUUUCUCCGCAAGGCCAUCGACGAGUUUAAAGUGAGGGUGAAAGGAUACUUUGCAUGGUCUCUUGGGGAUAAUUAUGAAUUCUGCAAUGGCUUUACCGUCAGAUUCGGACUCAGUUACGUUGAUUUCAAAAAUGUUACUGGUGACAGAGACCUCAAACAAUCUGGCCUAUGGUACCAGAGGUUCCUAAAGGCUGGCAAGAACCCUGUGAAGCAAGAUCUCCUCCGCUCAAGCCUCUACUUCGAGAAGAAUCAGAAGCUCGCAGAUGCAUGA